AUGGAAAAGAAGAAAAGGGACAACGUGAAAUACUUGAGAGAAGUUACACCUUACUUUCGCAAAGCAAGUAUUAUAUCAGAAGUUGGUUGGGAAUUGCAACGAGGGUUUCUUUCCGGAGCACCCCCCGCGGUCAGAUCUCCACAACGAGCCGAUACUCGCUAUCUACCACUACAACUUUGUCAUCUGGCAAGAAAUUUUAGGUAUCCUGACCCUGAGGGUCGAACAUUGGAAUUGCAUUCGCCAGAUGCAGUACACAGCUGUGUUCUACGAGCUGCUGAUCCGGCGGAAGCUGCAGCUUGGUUCAACACGCUUCAUUCAGCAUUAGCCGUCCUAACAACUGCCGCCCUCCACGAAGCUUCCAGAGCAAUCCCAGAUCUUAGGCAUAUAGGCUGGUUAUUGAGGAGACCUCGAAUGGAGAACAAUAUGUCGAGUUCUGAGAGUUCCGACGACAUGGACCGGUGGCAGUCUGUAUUCGCCGCGGUGACAGACAGUGAACUUAGAUUUUACGAGAGUGCCCCUUGGUCUGGAGACGCAUGGAGAGCGCCCGCUGAAGCUUAUUCAUUAAUAGCGACGCGACUUGUAGGAUCUGGAAAACGUGCUGAAUUGCCGGAAUUCAGUAUAAGGUGUGCCACGGUGGAAGGAGUUAUUACGCACAGCCUACGAGCUGAAACGCACAGAGAUUUAGCUGGAUGGGCAAAAGCGCUGGUUAAUGGUAGCCAUGCAAGUGCGGUCACACAGAGGGAGCUUGUGUGCAGGUGUAUUUGGAAAGGACGACCUGCGCAGUUAGUCAUUCAUUAUGAAAAUGGAUUUACAUUGCUUGAAGCAGGAACUGGCUCUAGGACACUGUGGAGAUAUUCUUUUGAUAAGCUUAGAAAUUCUUCAGACGACGGUAAACGUUAUCUAUGGUUAGACUUUGGAUCUGGCGAAGAAUCUGAAGUAGAAUUAGAUAUGGAAGGAUGUCCAAAGCCUAUCGUCUUUAUAUUACACAACUUCCUCUCUGCCAAAAUCCAUCGACUGGGAUUAACAGCUUAACUACAUUCUAAUUUAAGAACAUAAAUAUUAUUUUGAAGUAAUUUUUUUCAUA